GCUAGUAACUGCCUGGCUCCUCCCUCUGGUGUCGCCGGGAAAGCGCUCCGUCUGGUCCGUGCGCGAUCACGGCCCGGCGCGUGGCUUGGGCUCGGGCGGAGCUGGAGACGCGUGGAGCUGUUCCAGGACUCGCGGGUGUGCAGUGCACCUAUGAUAUGUGUUUUAGAAAUAGCUGUUAAACUUUGGUUUGAAUGAAGAAUGUCUCUCAAUCCACCUAUAUUUCUCAAACGAAGUGAAGAAAAUAAUUCAAAAUUCGUGGAAACAAAACAGUCACAAACUACUCCCAUAGCUUCAGAAGAUCCCCUUCAAAACUUAUGUUUAGCAUCUCAAGAAGUUCUUCAAAAAGCUCAGCAAAGUGGGAGAUCAAAAUGUCUCAAAUGUGGUGGUUCCAGAAUGUUCUACUGCUAUACAUGUUAUGUUCCAGUUGAAAAUGUACCUAUUGAACAGAUUCCACUUGUGAAGCUUCCGUUGAAGAUUGACAUCAUUAAACAUCCAAAUGAAACAGAUGGCAAAAGUACUGCUAUACAUGCAAAACUCUUAGCACCUGAAUUUGUAAACAUUUACACGUAUCCUUGUAUUCCAGAAUAUGAAGAAAAGGACCAUGAAGUUGCACUUGUUUUUCCUGGACCUCAGUCUAUCUCAAUAAAAGAUAUUUCUUUUCAUCUGCAAAAAAGGAUUCAAAAUAAUGUUAGAGGCAAAAAUGAUGACCCUGACAAGCCAUCUUUUAAACGCAAAAGAACUGAAGAACAAGAGUUCUGUGAUUUGAAUGACAGCAAGUGCAAAGGCACAACACUGAAAAAAAUUAUAUUUAUAGAUAGCACCUGGAACCAAACAAACAAAAUAUUCACUGAUGAGCGACUUCAAGGGUUGUUACAAGUUGAGUUGAAAACAAGAAAAACUUGCUUUUGGCGCCAUCAAAAAGGAAAGCCAGAUACUUUCCUUUCUACAAUUGAAGCCAUUUACUACUUUCUGAAAAGGAAAAAUACAUGGAAGAUGGAGCCAAAAUCCCAGAGGGAGGAGCCACGAAGCAAGGAGAGCAAUGGAUUAGGAAACCACUACCAGAGGGAUGAACUGAACCACAAUCAAGGAAUAGCCUCUUUCUUUGGUGUAGGGGGACCCUGAAAACAAUUUUAGUUUUAUGCUUCCUGUUUCCUUGUCCCUUUUUUUGAAUGAUAGUCUCUGUGUGGUAUUCCAUCCUAGAAAACCUUAACUGGGACAAGCUACUCUCAAGCAUCUUCACUUGAAAAACAGCAACUGAGGAAGUUUAUUAUAUCUGGACAUGGUUUAGACAAUAAGGUUCUGAACUUAAACUUAUGCCAUAAUGGAAUGAGACUCUUAGGGUACAGAGUAAGUAUAUUUUUGCAUGUUAGUGAGACAAGAACUGUGGCCAGGGGGCAGACUGUGAUAGUUUUCGAAGAUGUCCCUCAAACAAUUCCUUCCCUUCCUUGGACUCCUCUCUUCAGAGGGUAGAGUCCAUUUCCUUUUCCUUUUAAUCUGGAUUGGCCUUCUAACUCACUUUGACCAAUAGAAUGUGGUAAAAGUAAGGUCUGGCAGUUUUCACAUUCACUCUCCUGAACCUUCAUAUUAGAAUUCCAGGAUAUCCUUCUAGAGAUAUCCGUAUCUCUAGGGACAUGGUAAGUCCCUAGAGACACCACAUGAAAAGGCCACCUAGGGAAGAACUGAGAUGCCUCAGUCAAUAGCACUGCCUUAGUCAGUUUGGGCUACUAUAACAGAAAUAUCAUAGAUUGAGUGACUUUUUUUUCUUUAAAAAAAUGAGAGUGUGGAACCUGAAAAUACAGUGUAGUAAGAGUGGAGAGAAAGGCCACCUAAGGAAGAACUGAGACGUCCCAGUCAAUAGCACUGCCUUAGUCAGUUGGAGCUACUGUAACACAAAAUAUCAUAGAUUGAGGGACUUAAACAACAGAAAUUUAUAUCUUACAUUUCUGGAGACGGAAAAUAUGGAAAUCCAAGAUCAGGGUGUCAGCAUGGUUGGGUGUUUAGUGGGCGCUCCCUUCCUGGUUUGCAGACAGCCAUCUUCCUGCUAUAUCCUCACAUAAUGGAGAGAGAGAGCACUCUGGUAUUUUUGUCCCCUUAUAAGGGCACCAAUCUCAUCAUGGAGGGUCUUCAACCUCAUGGCUUCUUGGAACCAAAUUACUUCCCAAAGUCCUCACCUCCAAAUCUAGCAUAUUGAGGUUUAGGGCUUCAACAUAUGAAUUUCAGUGCACAGAAAGCACCAAGGCCCCAGACAAGUUAAAGAGAUCUUGAACCUUCUAACUCAGUUUAGCCACUGUCUGCAUGCAACCACAUAAGUGACCCCAGGUAACACCAUUUGGAGCUGAAGAACCACCAGCCAGUACACAGAAAUGAGAAAUUUUUAAAUGGUUGAUUUAGGUAAUUAAGUUUUGGGUUGGUUUAUUACAAAGCAAUUGAUAACUGAUACAACAGUCUUUUUGUUUGUAGAAGAGGAGGUAAGAAAAAAAGACUUAUGAAGAAAAGACUUAUGUAGAAAAUCAGGGGCCUACGUACCUCUACUUUUUUUCAUACUGCUGUGUUUCUUUUAGUCCAUGCUGGUGGUAUCUUCAUCAAUGCAAUUUUCUUUAAAACUCUGUGAGCCUUUAUAUCAGAUCAGUCCACCCCAUUAGAACAAAAGCAACUUCUAUAAAUAUUGAGACAUUUGCUUUCUACCUUUGGCUAAGAAUCGGGGUGCUAUAGAUAAUUCCCAUAAGAUUAUCUAACCUACUGGGCUGAUGUGGUAUAGCUUGAAGUCAUUCUAAAGUCUUCACAAAGGAUCUUACAGCCUUCGAUUUUAUUAUCACUCUGGGACCGUGUUUUACUGUUGGCACGUUCGGCUUUUCUCAUCUUUUCCCUGAGAUCAUUUAUGAUAUGGAAAAUACUUUGCUGGCUGAAGUUGGGAAUAGAAAACAGUAGAGAAUACUUCAACAGUAUUUUAGAUAUGCACUAAGUUUAUAGGAAGAUAUGCCGUCUACAUAUUUUACCUUCCUCUCUAGGCCUAUCAUAAAAAUCUUUGAAAAAUUAAUACUACAUUUUAGUAUGAAUAUAAGUUAAACUUAGACGUGAUAUCUAUUUUGUAGUUAAAUGUGUUAUAAACAUUUAUUUAGUGAAAUACAGUACGAUUAUACCAAGCAUCAAUGAAUAUUUAAUGAGCAGCUGUUAAUUUCUGAAGCAGAAAGAAAGAUGAAUAAAAGUUCUGGUUUUACUUUUAAAAGUGAAGGCUGUUAGCUCAAGAAAUACUUUAUGUUUGUCCUAUGUGAAAGUGUUGAUUGCACCUGGUUCUUUGCUGUAAAUUAAAUAAAAAUUCAAACAAUU